CGGGCGCCGCUCGGCUCAGUCAGACCCCGCGUUGCGUAUCGUGCGUACACAGGACGGUACGGUAGUGUUGUGACAGCGAGUGUGUGUGCGAUGCUCGGACGGUGAUCGAAGCAUGGUGAACUACGUCAACCCGCUCGCCAUGUACCAGGGCAAGGGCGGUCAGUACGGCGCCGGUGGGUGGUACGGCUGGCAGCACCAGAACUUUGAGGAGCAGCAGUGGUGCGCUUGGAACAGUGCGCCGGCGGGCGGCGAGUGGCCGUCGGACCCUCAUCACUUCAAGCGGGAGCCAGGGGAGAGAGAUGUGGGGGAAAUGCCGUCUCCCGCCCGCGGGGACCUGGCCAGUCCGGGGGAAGGAUCGCCCGGCUCGAGACCCUCGCAGCCGCCGGCCCCGCCGCGCUCUCCUUAUGAAUGGAUGAAGAAACCCAGCUACCAGUCUCAGCCUAACCCAGUAGGGAAAACCCGCACGAAAGACAAAUACAGAGUGGUCUACAGCGACCACCAGCGACUAGAGCUGGAGAAGGAGUUCCACUACAGCAGAUACAUCACCAUCCGGCGAAAAGCAGAGCUGGCUGUCAGCUUGGGACUAUCAGAACGACAGGUCAAAAUAUGGUUCCAAAACCGACGCGCAAAGGAGCGGAAACAAGUGAAGAAACGCGAGGAAGUCGUCAUGAAAGACAAGGGAGACCACGCGUCGCUUCAGCACGCGCAACUGCACCACGCGACCAUGUUACAUCACCAACAGAUGAUGAACGGCAUGAUGCAUCAUCAUCACUAUCACCAAGGUGUUCUACAGGGUGUGCCCGAGCCGCUAGUGCCCGGUGUGCCCCCAGUACCUCUUCUGUGACCACAGUCAGACUUCUGUGCCCAUAGUGACACAUAUGGAUAGUGAUAGUGACCCCAACCCAGUGAUUUAACGCGGACAUUUGCCUCGGGGCAAAGUAUAUUAUCAUGCUUUUGCAUUGAAUUUUCUACACUUGAAUAACGAACUUGUGAUAAUUAGUGCAAUAUCCUUACACGAGACUUUUUCGUGCGGAUAAUUCUGGUAUGUAAAUUGUAUGGUACCUUUACAACGUAUGUAUCUAUAGUAGUAGUAACAUCUGUAAAUCUCCCCAGAGGAGAUAACGCCUUGGGGUCUCGGCUUUUUUCAUUAAUGACUGUCGUAUAAUUGUGGAUUUUGAUAUUUCGCCUGUGAGCGAGCUUUAUUAACUUAAUCACAGUGUGAUUUUAACAUUUAUCCGCAUAAAUUUGUCAAGAAUCUCGCAACAUGCCGAGUUUUCUAUAUCUAGUGUGGAUUGUAGAUCAAUUGGUUCCGAGUAUUAACGGCAUUUAUCACUUUUACAAUUCGCGAAAUGAAUUCUUACGGUAUGUAAUUUUAAUCUUUAUCUUACCGAAAGACAAAUGCAAGACUUGACGAUAUACCACCUUUGUAUUGGAUCUUAAUGGAAAAAGUCUUUACACCCUAGACUCGAAAACGCCCUUUAUUGCCUUUUUAGUGCUAAUACUUAACUUGGUAGGUGCCUAGUGGUCUCGCAGUGGUCUCUUAGGCUUUGGCCUGCUGGCUACUAAAUAGAAUAAGACUAUUUUUAAUUUAAAAGGAUUUUUGUCACUGUAUAUAUAGAUUACUAUAUUUUUAUAUUAUUAUAGUACAUAAGUAUUAUUAAAAUUUGAUUGUUUUUAACGCGUUUGUUUACUUAUAUUUCUCGAUGUUGCCCUUGUCUUGAUGUUGAUGAGAUUUUUUACUCCGUGAUCGUAAUAUAUUCUUUCAAUGUAAAAAAGGACCUGAAAUAUCUGUCCAUUACAAUAUAUUACGAUUUACCUGUUACUAGUUAUUUGCUUAAUAUGGGUCUAUAGCAAUGAUCGGCAAAUAGACGUAGUAAAAUGUAGGCUGCAUAAAAUUAUAUAAUGAUUUGUAUAAGAAUCUCAUUUAACUUAAUAAAAUCAUAAACCGUGUCCAUAUAGCUUUAUGGCGCAUUUAUAGCUUCGGUAGCGUUGAGAAAUAAGUAAGUAAAUAUUUUAUACUAUAAAUGAGAUUAUUACUAGUUUUAACGGUUCUGUAAAUAAAAUUGUAGUGUAAAGAAUGCUUAAAAUAGUCAUAAUUUUAUCUCAGUUACGAUGACUUUAACAUUGAAAAUUAUUCACUAAGUCCCUACAAAAUAAUAAUGUUAUGAAGUCUUACACGUUUUUUAAAUUUUCUGACUGCGGUUUUGUUUAAUAAAAUAAAUGAAUAUCGAUUUAUUUUUGACUUUUUCUAUGAUUCUUUGUAUUGAUGUAACGAUUUAUUAUUUAUUGAUGGAUAUUAGGUAUUCAUGAAAGAAUUAUUGUUUGUCGUUUUGUUUUGUGAUGCAUUCGUACGAUUGUAUUAUGGUGCUAAUUGUAGGUUCUAUUUUUUGCCGUUUUUUGCUGACUAUCGUUCUGAAAUUGUAUCUAGAAAACAUGUAAUAAUAUUACAAUAGUCAAAGGCUAAUGUAACUUUUUGCUUAUUGAAAAAGUGUGUUUUAAUUAAUUAUGGCAGUAAGGUUGGAAAAUGGGAUACAUGGAAAUUGGAAACUGUCUUAGAAAAUUUGAGUUUCUAUAAUUGUUAAAGUAAAUAUUAGUAUACAGUAAGUAUAAUGUCAGCCACUGACGAUCAAGUAAGCUGACAUGCUUGCAGCGUUAACGUUGCCUUAUUGUGUGUUGGUCGCAAUCGGCAUGAUGUCAUUCACGUCGCUACCAACACACGAUCAGUUCAAAUCGGACGACAAGCCGUUAGCGCUGCAAGCAUGUGGGCUUACAGAUGAUGAGUUUGUAUACAGUUAUCGCUGAUGGAACAAUCAGUUGAUUUAAGUAGAGUAGAAAACCUUUCUUUUCGUAAUCCGAGACAGUUUUGAGUGUAUUUCCAUAGUUCCCAAUUUUCACUUCAUGUUCAAAUUAAAUAAAAUACACUGUGUUAUACCUACCUACCUGAUAUAGGUACCUAUGUUAUGUUAAUAAUAUUAAAUAAUGUUUGUAAACACAGAGUUAGGUAUUAGUAGAUUUGUACGCAGCACCUUCACGAAACACAUUUGAUGAACUAAAUAAAUCCAUGUUAAUCUGAUA